AUUUGUACGAAUCCCCCCGUAAUUGUGAAUACCGGCAUAUAACACGUUAGCUUAUCACCCUCCACCUGUAUAUAUAGAUUGGCAUACAUCCGAUAAGCGUCAUCUAUCGUUAAAAGUUUAUUUGUGCUUUAUUACCCCGUUAAAUGUGACUAACUAAACUACUAGGUAGCAUAUUCAGUUGACAACAUGAUCAGUAGCAUUGGAAUAAUUUCUUUCAUACUAUGUUUAACGCUGGCCAUGUUCAACGCCCAGAUGGACGAUCUCAGCCGGCCGGAGAAUGUCGGGGCUUUUCCCGUGGCCUUUUUUAAAAAUGUAGCCAAUACCACCAAUUUCGAUCAGAAUAUUGCACUGUCCCCGUUUUCCGCGGAUGCGGCGCUUUCCAUGACGUAUGUGGGUGCGCGGGAGGGAACGCGUUCCGAGAUCGGGCAAGUCUUGGGAAUCGCCACCGAUGCCGGCACGGCCACGCAGGAUUUCGCCAAAAAAUUCCGCUCCAUCAAUACGGCUUCGGAGAAUUAUGUUCUGAACUCCGCCAACGGAAUGUUCGUGGAGAAAUCGUAUGACAUCUUAGCGGACUUCGUCAGCGCUAUCCAGAUGAACUUUGCCGCCGAUGUCCAGCCGGUCAGUUUUCAGACCGAACCGGAAACGGCCCGCCAACAAGUCAACACCUUCGCCAGCAGCAAAACCAACAACAAAAUCACCGAACUCUUCCCCGCGGGGAGUGUCGGGCCCGACACCAAAUUAGUCCUCGUCAACGCCGUGUAUUUCAAAGCCGAUUGGGAGAAGCCCUUCGACGCCACGAAGACCUCCCGGCAGCCCUUUUUCACGCCAACCAAUCAGCAACCGGAAGUGGAUCUCAUGCACACCGAGGGAGAAUUCUUCUACACCGACAGCGAAGAACUCAACGCCCAAAUGAUCGAGAUCCCGUAUAAGAAGGGCGAAAUGACCAUGGUUGUUAUACUACCGCGUGCAGGAUCUACUAUAACCAAUCUCGAAGGCGCACUGAAUCCGACGUCACUGAGCGGCGGUCUGCGCCAGCUCUUCCGUCAAAAGGUCAAUCUGUUCCUGCCCAAGUUCCGCUUGGAGCGCAACUAUGAUCUCACCUUUAACCUUAUGUCGAUGGGCAUCCGGGCGGCGUUGGGUGAUAAUGCUGAUCUGAGCGGAAUCAGUAGCCGGCGCGAUCUACGCGUGUCGCGUGUGGUACAGAAAGUAUUUGUCGAGGUGGACGAGAAAGGCACCGAAGCGGCUGCCGCUACCGGUGUCCAGAUUAUGCUGCUCAGUGCGCCCAUUAAACCGGAUGUACCGCCGGUAUUCCGAGCCGAUCGGCCGUUCCUGUUCCUUAUAAGGCACACGCCCACCGACAGUAUUAUGUUUAUGGGGAAGGUGGUGAAUCCCACGUUCAACUGAUCUGGUUUCGGUGAAACUGUGGAUAUUUUAACAAAAAUUAUGUAUUACUACGUGUAUAGUGAUAUUUGCUUGACGCAGUUUAUCUCAAUUGACGCAUUCGCUACAUGAAUAAUAUACGUGAUGUCAUAGUUUCGAUGGUGUAACAAAAAUUCAGAAUCUUAUUAGAGCGGCAAGCUGGUACUUUGUAUAACACACUUUGGGAAGGAUUAACGUACGCAAAACUAUCGAAAA